AUUCUUCUCUCUAUUCUUUUUAACUGUUUGCUGUAAUAAUUUCCUUUAUCCCGUAACAGUUUGUCACAAUUGUAUUCUAUAAUCUGUGUUAUAAAAAAACGAGUCACAGUUAUUCGGCCUAAUUAUAGACGAAUAGUUUGAUCUAUUAAAAAAUAGUGAUCCAAUUAUGAAUAAUUAUUGUUUUAUUGUAACUUAAAAACUUUUUACUAUAAGCGCGAUUAUCUCUCUCUUCUUCACGAUGUAGAUAGUGAUAGAUCAAUAAUUUUCUCACGUCUCUUAUGUCUCUCGAAAUAAAGAAACGCAACUGGGAAUAUAAAUUGAAGUUCUUGUAGGUGGUUGGAAAAGCCGCGCGAUAAUCCAACAGAGUCUCAUGGAGAAAAAGAAUGUUUCUUCUUGUCAGAUUACGUCUGUUUCAUGAAGAAAAAGUGGUAUCACGUGGUUCUACAUCCGCGAUUUAGAGAUACGCUUUGGGAGUGUCGCAUCUUCUGCGAUGAAGAAACAUCGAUGGGCAAUAAAUUUCAUUAAGGUUUUGUUCAUUUGAUGUACUCGGCCGCUUUACGGUGGGGAUUCAUUCGACUUAUAUAAGCUGUGCGAAUGAAGUUUUUCGGGUUUUCUUUGUUCAGACGAUCCGCUGAAAACUAGAAUGUCAAGAUUUUUGAUAAUCUUUGGGUUUAUUUUUCUGCUCAUCUGGUUUUCGUCGCGAACUGACGCGGAAUUUGAUUCGGAGAGUUUGCAGCAAAAAUUACUCGCCUUGUUCAGGAUUCUUACUUUCAUGAAUAAUAGACCAAAGCAGAUGAACGUAGACGCUACUUAUGGUGUUACUUUAAGCGAAGCUAACUUGAAAGCCGCGCUUCUUCAUAAGAACGCACAAUAUUUGGAAAGUAAACUCAUCAUGGAUGUUAAAGAUAUGGCUAUGUUUUCUAAUUUCGUUCGAAGAAACUUAAUGGACAAUGUUAUUCCUGCGAACGAAUAUGAGUAUUAUUUGCAAUCAACUGUAAAUGAUCCUGAUUUGUGGAUAAAAUCCAUAUGGUGGACAAGCAUCUUUCCAAGAGGCAGGCUUAUUCUCACUUCAGAAAUAAACUAUUGGACAUUCUUUGAGUCGAUGUGGCAUGGAGCGCCUAAUGAAACACAAAGUGAUUAUUGUAUAGUCACAAUUAUACGUAAUAGUAAAGAAAAUGGCGAGUGUCAAAUUCCUGAGACUUGCAGAGAGAUAUUGUUGAAAGAUGACUGUGCUACGGGAUAUAGUCUUACACACAGGCUGCUCAUGAUACAAAUAGCUCGAGCGUUUGGAUGUCGAGAAGAUAUACCGGUAACAUUUUCCUAUUUGAUACCUGCAUAUUGUGCCAGGAUUUUUCAACAUUUUGUUAGUCUUGAAGCAUUAAAUUUUCCUCGUAUUACACGAGAUCUUGUAAUUGAACAAAUUCUUUUAUGUGGCAUGGAAGGAUAUUACGAAUUUGUUAAUAAACGCUACAAAGAUUUAAUAUUGAGUUGGCAAGACCAAGCUGGUUGUUUUAGCUUGAGAUAUGAUGAAGAACACAAAAUUAGUCGACGAGCAGCGUCGAUAAUCGAUUUCGGAUGUAAUAAUCACAUGACAGGUCUUGCUGCCGGAGUCCUUGGUUUAUUUAUUCGACAAGAUAUAGAAAAUGCAUUUGUUUGAUAUUAAACUUUUCUUAUUUUACUUGAAUACUUUUAUAAAAUAUGUGUUUUUAUUGUGCAAAUCUAAUAUUCUUAAUUAAAAGUAAUUAUUUUUAUUUCAAAUGAGUACAAUUUUUAAGACAAACUCAAUCAUAAUCAAUAAAUAUUUAUUACACUGUAAAAACUAAUUUGACAAUGCUUGCAGAAUUUUCGAAUGUACAACAUGUGGAAUAGAGAAAUAAACAAAAAAAUAUAUAAAUAUAAUUAAAAAUACAUGUAUAAUUUACUUAUAUUAAAUAAUAUUGAUCAUAAGACGAUGCAAAUUAAAAACUCGUAAUGAUACAUGAGUAUACAAUAUAGAGAUUAAUUAAUUAACAUACAUUAAUUAGUUUACAAAAAUUAGUAGGACAAUAUAUUUUGUGCAAU